AUGGUCGAUGGACGUUCAGGUUGUAGAGGUGGUGGGUUGAAGGACACAGAGGCGGAAGAGUUUAGACUUUUUAGGGUUUCUGAGAAGAUGAAUUCACCUUUUUGUGUUGAAGAUUUUGCAUCACUCCAAAGUUGUUUUAUGUGGUGGGAUUUGACAACCGUCAGGGUUGAGUUUGUUUGGAAAGACAUCAAGAGGAACAAACUAUUUAUUAUCCUUCUUGAUAAAAAUAGACACAAAAUGGCUGCUAUUGUCCCACCAAACCUUAUCCAGUUAUACGAGAAGAAGAAUUUGAUUGGACAAGUUUUUUCUUUGGGUCAUUUCCAAGUUGAAAAAAUCAUAGAAGAUUAUCCCAAAAUUGAAAAUUAUAGCUUUGUAUAUAGAGAUUUGGAGAUAAUUAUCGACAACAAGACAAAGUUUAAUCGCUUGACAACCGAUAUUGAAAAGGGGUUUGCACUUUAUCCGUUGGUGGCUACUAUUAAAACUCUAUAG